CCCUGAGGACAUCCUGUGGCCCAGGGCCAGUGACACUUGCUGUGGGAAGUCAGAAGGUGUGCCUGGGAUGGUGGACACUGAGGACCUGGUGCAGCUACGGCUGCUCAACCUGGAGCUCCUGAGACAGCUGUGGGCUGGGCAGGUAGCCGUGCAGCGGUCAGUGGCCAAGGCUGCCGCAGAGUCAAAUCUGGAUUCCAGCAGCAACUUUGACUCAGAGAUGUCCCAAGAGACGUCCUCAGCCUCUUCCAGCACUUCCUGCCCACCCAGCAAGCGCAGCACGUGCAGCCCGCCGGAUGUCCACCGAGGUGACCCCUGUGGUGUAGCCAGCUUGAAGAUGGCCUCUCUCCCAGCUGCCAAGUGCCAGUACCAGGAGUCUCUGGGCCAACCAAGACCCCACUCAUCACCCUUGCUGGGGACCUUGGACUUGAAGGACACAGAGCCUUCAGCAGGACUGGGUGACCUGAGGCCCCAGGAGACCCAGGCUCUGAGAUCCAUCCUGUCUCGACGAAGCAAACUGUCUAAGCCCAGAGUGACCUUCUGUGAGGAGUCUGCAGUACCCGAGAGGAGCUGGCGCCUCAGGCCAUACCUGGGCUAUGACUGGAUCGCAG